AUGGAUUUCCAGCCAAUUGCACGUGUAUCAUUUAAUCUUGAGAAUACAAAUCUAAACACAUUCCCGCAUGACUUUGCAUUCUUGAUUGAUGAUAAAAGGUAUGAAUGCUAUCUACAGCAAGUUUUAAUUGUUUCUGGACUAAUCCAAAAAAUCUAUAGGCAAGACAAUAGAAUCAAAGAGUACAGAAUUAACUCAACAAAAGAUCCACAUCAUUAUUUUCCAUUGUUUAUGCAACUAAUUUCGGGAAAACUUAUUCAUAUCACUUUCGAGAACUCUUUCUUUUUCAAAAUUAUUGCAGACGAACUUGAGAUUCCAAGCUUAGCAAAUAGUGCUAUAGAAAAUCAAAAAAUCCAAGUAAAUAACGAAAAUUUAUGUAAAAUUUUAGAAAUAUACGACGAAUAUAAAUGUAAUUACUCAAAUCUUAUAGACUACCUUGCCAAAAACUGGAGUUACUUCUCGAAUACAGCUCCAAUGUCAAAACUUCCACUUCAUAUUUUACAAGAAAUUCUAAACUCCGAUAAUUUCAACCAAACCAACGAAGGACCUGUUAUCGAAUGGAUACACAAUUUAGUCCUAAUAAGAGGUCCAGAAUUUCGUUCUUUAUACAAUACAAGGCCUUUUGAGAAAUUAACUUCCAAACAAAUGUCGGAGGUAGUCAUUCCCGAUAUAAGCUACGAUUAUAUUGAUCCUCAGUUAUGGAAUUCUCUUACUAAACGUCUUAUUCUUCCACUUUGUACUGAAGAAGAAGAAAAUGCAGAACAAAAUGAAGAAGCAAACCCUGAGGAAGAGGCAGUAGAACCCAAUCAAGCCAGUUCGCAGCAAUCCAAUCAGAAUGACGAUAUAUCUUCCCAAGAUAACCAAAGCCACAGUUCUCAGCAACAACAACCGCCAGCCCAACAACAGCAGUUCCAAUACAUGCCGCAGCAGACUCAGCAAUUGCAAACUCCUACAUUAUCUCAAAUUAUUCAGUCCCAGCAAGAAGCUGCCGAAGCCGAAGCCGCACAACAGCAACAGUUACAAGCUCAACAAGCUGCAGCAGCGCAGCCGAAAUAUCCAGCCGGAACAAAAAUACUCGAAUACCAAACAAACGUAAUUGGUACAAUCGUUGAUGAGUAUCCGAAUGAACUUGUUGGUGUUGUAACAUAUUUGAAGCUCCAAUACCCUGAUUCUUGGAAGACAUUAAUUUAUGUUACAGGAGGAGGCAACAAAUGCAACAGAAUCCUUCAGAUAUUUAAUUUCAAUGAUCUGUUCUCAUCAUGGUGGGAUACUUACAGCGGAAACGGCUUCCAAAAGAAAGAUGCUUGGUUAACCGUCAAAUUUAACAACCACCGACUCGAAAUGACUGGCUAUACACUUGGCUCAUGCGCGAGGAAUAGAAAUAGCCACCAGCCAAGAGUUUGGAAGGUUGAAGGAUCAAAUGACAAUGAAACGUGGUUCAAAGUCAACGAACAAAAGACAAAUAAGAUGAACAUGGCCACACCUCUCGUUUACUUCGAUAUGAAGAAGACAAAACCUUAUUCUUACUUUAGAUGGACGAUGAUUGAGAAUAAUACGACAAAGUCAAUGACCAACCAGUACGAAUUCAGUAUUUGUGCUUUAGAACUGUUCGGUAUUUUAAUUCCUAUUAGAUAA